AUGCUUCCUGGUAACACGAUAAUGCAGCCAUGUAAAUAUUUAAUAAUUCAUUGUCGGGAUUUCAGGAUCCAUUCAUUUGGAUUUAAGUUGGUUACUGAUAAAGACCAAAUUGUCAAACUCCUCAGGCAUAUUUCUGUUCAUGCCUUCCCAGGCAGAGGAAGUCUUCUGUUUGCCUUUGAAUAUGCUUCGGAAAUUGAAGACCCAGAUUCUCACCUUGCAGUUGAUGUUCCAAUGUUCUCUAAAAGAAGUGACUGGGAACAUGAAAUACAUCGAUUACAUUGCAGUGAUGCAUGGAGGGUUACUGAUGUUAAUGAAAAUUUUAACAUGUCCACCAGUUUGCCUAAAUAUUUUGUUGUGCCUCGAAAUGUAAAUGACGCGGAACUUUUGGAUACAGCAUCUCGUUUUGAAGAUGACAGAUUAUUGUGUUGGUGUUACACGUCUUGUGCAGGGACAUCAUUGGUACGCAUGUCUUGUCUUAAACCAGGCAUGAACUCUUUGUUUAGCACGUUUGAAAACCGAUUUGUUGAUUCUGUGAGAAUGACAACCAAGACAGACGUAGAGAUUUGUGAAUUAAUUAAUUUCUGUCCUUCUUUGAAAGAAAUUUCCAGCAGUGGAGAGAAGAUACGAGAACUUUGCAUGACAGAUUUAAUAAAGGAUUUUUGGAGUAAAGACAGCAUUUGGUUGUCAAGUUUAGAAGAGACAAAAUGGCUGACCUGUGUUCAACGCUGUCUCAAAUUAUCUGUAAAAAUUAUCAACUUGAUGAUUGAACAGAAAAUAUCUGUGAUAAUUAAAGAGGCCAGGUGCCGUGAUCUGGCCUGCCUUAUAUCAAGUCUUGUGCAGUUGCUUUUGGAUCCCUACUAUCGAACAAUACAGGGUUUCCAGGCCCUCAUCCAGCGAGAAUGGGUUGCCAUGGGUCAUCCAUUUCAAGAAAGAUGCGGAAUAGUCACUUUGGCAGACUCAGAGAAGUCUCCUGUGUUCCUUCUCUUUUUGGACUGUGCUUGGCAACUAAUCUCUCAGUUUCCUGCGAGUUUUGAGUUCUCUGAGACGUACCUAACUAUCUUGUGGGACAGCAUCCACACAGGCCUCUUUCAUACGUUCCUCUUCAACAGUCAGCACCAGGAGAGCUUGGACCAGAAGAAAUUCUGGAAUGAGCAGCGACAGAGCCCGAACCAAUCCCAAAGAAGAAUCAGCUGCCUGCCUUCAAUUUGGAAAUGGAAAAAUCUGUUGGAAGAACAUGACCAAAGUCUUCUCUACAACCCUUUAUAUGUUAUCUACAAUAGCAAAUUCUGCUGUCACCCUUUGGGAUGUACUGAUGAGGCAUUGAUGUCUCCGGAAAAAGAAAGCAUGCUUUAUCCACAAACUGACAUUGCUCUGCUGAAAUUGUGGUCUCAGUGCUACACCCGUUGGCUCUAUCCUGGACAGAUCAAUGGUGGCGGUCGCAUGUCCCUCUACCUGCAGCAGUGCUUACUUGUAGAGGAGGUUCUCACUUUACAGAAAAAGAUAACAGAAUUAAAUCUGCUGAAUAACAAGGGUUUAGGGGAUGUCGCUUCUGCAAAAGACGACUGGGUGAAUAGUCACCUUGUAUUUGGUUCAAAUUUGGCACAAGAAAGCUGUGAAAUAACGUCAUCGUUUCCCUUUUCAAAUGCUAAUGCAGUUUCUGGAAUGGGAGCAAAUCCGUCAAUGCCUUUACUAUCAUUAAACUCAUACACACAGGGCAGCAGUGUCAUUCAGGCAGUAUCUGCCCCUGCAAAGGUCAGCUGA